AUGAGCAACAAGUCACUGGCGAUAAUGUUUGAGUAUGCUCGUGAAAUCAAACUUUCGAGUGGAUCGGUCAGCCCAUUCCCCAACAAUUUGUCUACAUACUUUUUGGAAUCAAAAAACAUCACCUACGCUUGUGUGGCUUUUAAGAGCUCGAUUAACGUUCUCUCGUGGGAUCAACGAAUGGAGAACAUCACGACAAACGCGUUUCCUGUCCGAGAUGUCAACACUGAUCGACAAGUUCUCGUAUUACAGACAAAACUCGUCCAACCAACCUCCCGAAGCAAUCCGCUCAUUGUCGUGGCGACAAAUGCCGGAGCCAUGAUCUAUUGCUCAAGAUCGCAGAAGCUUCUUGCUUGGAAUCCACUCGAUGUCGCUCUAUCUGAGGUACUCGUUUGUAACGAAUCGAGUUUGUUUACUAGAGGAAUCACUUGGGUGGAUAAUACGAUCCUCGUCGGAUCGUACACGGGAGAGAUUCUGCAUUUUGUUUGCGGUGGAGAGAAUACGGUGAAUGUCAAGAAGCCGCUGAUGGAACACCGAGAACCGAUCUGCGACUUGGCCACUUGUCGCUUCGAUGAAUUAACCUGUUCAGCGGAUAUGGGAGGAACGGUGAUUGUUUGGGGAACGAAAUGUAAAAGUGUUGCGAAAAAGAUCAGCACCGAACAGCCGAUCAGUGUGAUCAAUGUGCUACGAAAACAAUGCAUUGUCGGCACAUUGCGGGGUAAAGUUCUCUUUUACUCGACUGUGACGGCUGCUUUAAUGGCUGAGGUUGCUUGUCACGUUCGCCCCGUCACCGCCAUCGCCGUUGCCCCGGAAAGCGCUUAUGUGAUGACCGCCUCCGAAGAUAGCAUGUAUCGUAUUUUCAAAUUGCACACACGAAAACCCGAAGCCUAUCAAGUUGAAUGGCGCCACUCGGAUACGGUAAAUGACGAGAUGAUCUGUGGAGCGCAAUUCACAACUGGCCGAGGUUAUGGGAUGGAGGGCUGUUCUCCAGGUCACUCGAUGUCCCCAUUCGAGCUCUGUGAUCACGAUGAUACAGCCUCAGCGGUGGCCGUCGAUCCAGUGCUCGGCUUCAGGACUCACAAGAUGAAUGUCAACUUCAUUCCCCUGUCAGCCCGAGAACAGCUCCAUUGCAAACAAAUCAUUCGCGACUUUCGAGAUGACGGGAUUUUCCGAAAUUGUCUACAACAACUCUAUGAAUCCCCCUUCUUGAUCAAAUAUCUCCAAAAGCAAAGUCCCAGGCAAGCGUCCAACUUCAAAAUUCAUUUAACCCGGUUUCUUCAAAUGUAUCACAUCGACGCUGGGUUUACGAUCCAAAAAUGUAUUCGCUAUUCAGCCGAGGGGAGGCUGGGAGCGAUGUUGGUGGCGACAAGGAAUUGGAACAAAUCGGAUCGAAUCGAAACGCUGAUGGGCGUGAUUGGAGAGAUGUCGAAAGACGAAGAGCUCCAGCUGCUCAAAAAGGAUCUCAACGAUUUCUCUGUUAUGUAUAGUACAAGACGGAAACGAGCUCAACUUUGGCUUGGUCCCGGCUCCUACAUCAAUCACGAUUGUUCGCCGAAUUGCAAAUUUGUGUCGAGUGGGCAUCGAACGGCGGUGAUACAGGUCUUGCGAAAUUUGCGAGUUGGCGAUGAAAUCACCUGCUACUACGGGGACAACUUUUUCGGUGACGGCAACGAGCGUUGCGAGUGUCUGACUUGUGAAAAAUUGGGCAAAGGAGCCUUCCGAAAUGGUGAAGUUGACGAGAACACGAAUACUUCUUCGUCGAUUGGAAAUCAAACCGAUUUAGCGGCAAAUCAAAAGAUUUCUAUUUCGGAAACGAUACAAGAGACUUCGGCAGAAGAUCCACAAAGAGACAAAGAAAAAGAAAAGAAAUACGAAUUGAGAGAAAGGGCAAAGAAUUCGAAUAGUGAAGACGAGAUGGAUCAUGAGCCGAAGAAAGUUGUUGAUGUGUUCGAAAUGGAUAACGACACGCUAAUUACCCGAUUGAGACCGAGAGUAAUCAUCAAUCCGAAAAACGAGCUCCCUCAACACUACAUUGCUGUAUCGCCAAAACGGAAAUCAAAUCGACAAAAUCUGGAAAUCAUCGAGACGCUGAUCGAGAAAUUCCCAAAGUCGCCCCUCAAAAAGAGAAAUGGACACAAUGGAAAAGUGAAAAGAAAAGGUAAAAGUCGAUUACUUCAGUGCACUCCAAAUUUUGAUCUCUAUUUCCUUAAACCAAUCACUGUACCCGAGCCGAAAGAGGGAUUGCGAUACUCGAAAAGGAUAAGAGGUGUAAAUCCCGAGGGAAAUCUAAAAAGAAUGGAACCCUCCGAGGAUCAUCUCGUUGAAAUGAAUGGACAUGAUAAAGAUGAACCAUCAACAUCAAAUGAGAUCUCGAGAAGUCCUUCGCAAGAUCAAGAUGGAAAUAGCUCGAUAGAAGGAUCACACUCGCUAGACGCUGAUGACAAAAAUCGGCUUUUCUUUGAUGAGGACAACGAAAUGCCCAAUUCGACGCAAUCUCUACCCAUUUGUGAUCUU